AAUGAAUAUUCAAUAUUUUUGACAAAUCGAAUCUGAAAAAAAGAGCAUCCCGAAAUCCCUUUCUCAGUUCCCGGUUUCUGCCGCCAAGAAACCAUUUUUCUUCACCGGAAUCGGAGAUAUCGCUCUGAGCCUUUCAUUUUCCGGCGAUUCCCCGGCAUUUAAACAGUAGCAACCAAAGCCCUUCUGCUCAAAUAGUCAAGAAUGUCACGUUUUCCGGUGAUUCCUUACGAUGAGCAGAGAUUGAUAGAAGAAGUUCACUACCUCCAUUCUUUAUGGCAUCAAGGUCCCCCCCAGCCCCACCCCCAUGUCCACCCUAAUCUGCACCCCCAAACCCCAGUGAGUCUACAACCCUCCGGUUCUACUCAGUUCAAGAAAAGAAAUAAGCAGAAAUCCAAAAGGCUGAAGGAAGCUAUAGUAGAUUCUGGUGUUGAAUGGGUGUGUCCAUCUCCUGCUGAAUCGAAUCCGGUCACUGAAUCCGGCUGGCCCAGUUUCACUGCACAACCAAAAUCGCGACCCCAUUUGCCCACUGCUGAAGAAUUGGCUAGUGUUGCUGGGAACCGGGCUCAGCAACAGGCAUUGAAGGCGGUAUCGGAGUAUUUGAAGUACUCAAUUGAUGAUGAGGAGGAGGAUAUGUAUGAAGAUGAAGAUGAGGAUGAUAUGGAAGUGGACAAGGGGGAGAAAAAUUUGAACUUUUUCGCGAAGUUGUUUGAGGAGAAUGAUGGAUUGAGAGAGUAUUAUGAGAAGAAUAGUGAAAAUGGUGGGGGAUUUAUUUGUCUUGUGUGUAGUGGGGUUGGUAAGAAAGGGUGGAGGAAGAGGUUUAAGGAUUGUGUGGGUCUUGUUCAGCAUUCGAUUACUAUAUCGAACAAGAGGCAGACACAUAGGGCUUAUGGUCAGGUCAUUUGUCGAAUUCUUGGAUGGGAUAUUAAUAGGCUUCCAUCCAUUGUUUUGUCCGCUGGUGGUAAGCCUAGUGAAUCUUCUGAUAAACCGGUGGAGGCUCAGGGGAAUAAGGAUGCUGGUGGUAAAGAUGAUACGAGUGGUCUAAGCAAUACAACAGAUGCUGUAAAUAUUGGCAGUGAUGAAUUAUCUCAACAAAAACAGUCUUUUAGUAAUGAAAACCAACAAGAAAAUGGUGGUGGCUCCAGAAAAUUAGAGAACAACUCCCUAAUUGAAGCCAAUAUAAGCAAAGUGAUUCCUGAAACAACAAAGGAGAACACAGAGGGUGUAUCCAAUUGUACGGGGAAUGAGGGUGAUGGUGGUAAGAACAGUUUGAGUGGUCAAAGCAAUACCAGAGAUACUGUAAAUAUUGGCAGUAGUGAGUUAUCUCAGCAAAACAGGUCUUCCGGUGAUGAAAACCAGCCAGAAAAUGGUGGUUUCUCCACAACGUUAGAGUCCACAAGUGAAACCAAUGCAAAUGAAGAUGUUAGCAAUGAUAUACCCGAAACAGCAAAAAAGAACGCAGAUGGUGCAUCCAAUUGUCUGGAACCAUUGCCAGAUGAUAUCAUUGUUGCAAAUGAAGAAAACAAUGAUGUUUCAAAAGAGAUAACAAUCGUCAGCGAGGAGAGUUGAAUGUUGAUGGACUUAUUAUUCAAGAAGUUUGAGAAUGCAACGUGAAACAGCUCAUGCUUUCGAGAGCUCCCGUUCCAGGAGAUCAUCUCCUUCAUUAUAAUGAUUAGUAUAUGAUUGAGGGAAAAUCUAUAAGUUAGUGAUAUAGGUGAAAUUAGUUUGUAUGAGAAGACAUAACUUUAAAACUGAUGAUACCUUAGUGAUUUGUCUGUAUUGUAUGUAUGAAAUUGAGAAGAUGCACUCAUCAGUGGCUGUGCUGUUGAGAAAGUUUUUAUACUUGGGAGGCCUAUGCUUUAGUUAUUAUCUUUUCGCCCCA